AUGGUUGCAAUGAUUGCAUUUAUCAGUGUUAUGAUUUGCAUAAUUUUUGCUUCAAAUGCAAUGUGUCCUCGCGGUUGUUCGUGCACUUCUGAUGAACGGCACAUUGUACGUUGUGAUGGCGCAAAACUAAACGAAUUUCCGAUUUUACUGGAUCCAAGAACAAAGAUAUUAAGUUUGUCGAACUGCAGCCUGAAGCGUGUAGACUCCGAUUUUAUUGGACUCUAUUCAAAUUUAGAAUAUCUCGAUUUGUCCAACAAUGAAAUAGAAGCACUAAGCAUCGAUCUUUUUCAAUUGCAAGGCAAACUUCGUAUUUUAAAUCUCAGUGGAAAUUUACUAACUUUAAUACGACGCGGUGAUCUGAAUGGCUUAACGAGUUUAAAGAAGCUGGAUUUAUCCAAUAACCAACUGUUGAUUGUUGAGAUGUUUGCCAUGCAACAUUUAAAAAACCUGGUUGAGCUGAAAAUUUCUGGCAAUCAUCUCGAAUCGCUUCAAGCUGAAACUUUUAUCGGCUUAUCUCGUCUUCACAGUCUUAAUUUAUCGUUCAAUCGUUUAAAAUCGGUUCAUUUAAUGGUCUUCAAGCAUAGUCCAUUUCUUGAAGUUCUUAACCUCAAUAACAAUCACAUUCAUGAAGUUAAAUCUAACAAAUUCACGAAACUUUCGUCGUUGAAGAACCUUGACCUCGGUUCAAAUAAAAUCGCAUCGUUAGCAGAUAGUUCUUUCCAAGGAAUAACUUCGCUAAAAUUUCUCGAUCUCAGCAAUAAUUUCCUUGAUCGCUCGCAAAUGACAGCUCUUCGUUCCUUGAAUUCAUUAACCGAAAUUGACCUCUCGUUUAACCUUUUUACGGAGAUAAGCACAUCUUCAUUUGAAGGUCUUUCAUUACUACAAAGGCUGAAAAUGACUAAUGAACAAUUUUUACAAUCAAUACAUUUAAACGCAUUUUCCGGAUUGCCAAGAUUGCGUUUACUGAAUUUGUCAUUUUGUGUUCAGUUGGCUGACAUACACGAACACGCUUUCGAAUACGUUGACCAACUUCAUAUAUUAGAUUUGAGGAAUUGCAAAUUACGUCAAAUUCCACGUAGCCUUUUACGCUGGAACAGACUUGAAUCAGUGAAUUUGUCCGGAAAUCCACUGAAUUGUGAUUGUGAGCAAAAGUCCUUCCUCACAACAUUUUCGGCCCAAUUCUUAUGUUCAUCGAAAUUUUCACUAGGAUCAGUUAUUGAUGCGGUUUCGUCUUGUAGAACCGACGAUGAAUACGCACUAUUUGUAUGGAUUCUAGGUGCAUUGAUUCUUCUUCUCGUCAUAUCCAUUGUUGUCUUUGUACACAAAAAGCAUCACUCAAAAGAAAAUCCAUCGAUACCGAGCGCAUUGAAGAUUUUCAGCCAAAAAUUUGCAUUUGAUUCGAUCAUAAAUGAAAAGAGAAAUCUUCUUUACAAUCCGAGAGAAUAUCACUUCAUUGAACAAAAUAAUGGUUCUCCUAACAUCUAUGGAACUGUUGACGAUGAAGGCUAUUGUUAUCUAUCACUAGAGCAAUCUGGAUUAUACGAACAAGCGAUACGUCGCUGUCCAAUUCCUCCUAAUGAAUCUAGUAUCCCAUCACUAAAAUCUGAUUUGAUAGUUAAAACUUAUGAUUCGAAUUUUAAGAUAAUCUCGCAUUAUCCUGUCCCAAUAACAGAACUUUAG